CUACAUAUAAAUAUAAGAAUAUGUGUACCACAUGUUAUGGCAUUUCCCAUUUUACAAUUUAUUUACAAUCCCACCCCCGAAAAAGGACAAGAAUCAAAGAGAUUAUACUUUGCUAUUUUCUAUCUGCCUUUUAUAUAUUUUUUACUCUAUAAAAUGUGAAUGUACCCUCACUUCCUCUCAAAAACUAUCUUCACCUUACUGCCAACCACAAGAAUUCAUUCAGCCAUUUAAGGGUUAAGAGAGAGAGAGAGAGAGAGAGAGAAUGCAAUUCUCUUAUUGUGUAGAGGAGAAGAAGGCGUGCGUGCGUUGGGUAGAGAAUUACUUUGGGGACUGUCUGUGCAACGUCAAGGAUGAGUUUUCAUUUGCUUUUGGUUUGAUAAGCUUAGUCUGUUGGGGUGUGGCUGAGAUUCCACAGAUUAUCACCAACUUCUUCACAAAGUCCAGUCAUGGAGUCUCUCUUGCUUUCCUCCUCACUUGGAUCGCCGGAGAUGUUUUUAAUAUGGUUGGUUGUCUUCUGGAACCAGCAACGCUACCGACCCAGUACUAUACAGCUUUGCUAUACACAAUCAGUACCGUGGUGUUGGUGAUACAGAGCGUGUAUUAUGACCAUUUCUCUAAAUGGUGGAAACGCCGGCAGAUUUCUGCUAACCAAGAGACCGAGGAACAGAAAAAAUCCUUGAAACCCAAGUCAGUUAAUUCAGGUAUUCCAAUACCAAACGCUUCACCAAAAGCUACUUCUAAAAGGGAAUUCUACUACACGUCUGCGAGAUCACUAGCAGGAAGUGGUACACCACCAUUUCGAUCGUAUAUGAGGGCAGCUAGAAGUGGCCCUUCAACAUUGACAAUUGACAGCGACUCUUCUUCUGAGGAUGAGGCUUCAGCUUCACUACUUCAAUCCAAGAAAUAUAUUAGCCAGCCCCGCCCAAUCCCAAAAUCUGUAGGACGUGGAGCAUUUUUAGCUGCAUCAGUGAAUUUGCCCCUGCGGGGCAAUGCUUUGGCUCAAUUAUAUGUGGGAAUUACUGGGAGGAAGCUCUUACAUCAGGAACUGAGAAUUGAGAGCACUAGUACAGUGUAUGGACAAUGGUUGGGAUGGAUGAUGGCUGCAAUAUACAUGGGCGGUCGAUUGCCACAGAUAUGGUUAAAUAUUAAAAGGGGGAGUGUGGAGGGCUUGAAUCCUCUCAUGUUCAUAUUUGCACUGGUAGCAAAUGUAACUUAUGUGUUAAGUAUUCUUGUUAGAACCACAGAAUGGGGAAAAAUCAAAGCUAAUUUGCCAUGGCUGCUGGAUGCUAUUGUCUGUGUGGCAUUGGACCUAUUUAUCAUAUUGCAGUACAUUUAUUACAGGCAUUUCAGAAGGAAUACAAACAAUGGAGAAGACUAUGGGGACUACGUGGAAGCAAGCAAAACAAUUGUCUCUUAGAUUGUUCACUGUAUUUUGACAAUUAAUUUAUAGUUGAUGGGCACAGAGUCUAGAACUUGUUUCCAUUGUACUGCCGACGUCUGAUAUCACGGUCUAGAUUAAUACUGUGUUUUUUUUUUUUUUUUUUCCUAGUUUAUAUGAUAAAUUAGCAACAUAUAGUGGCAGCUAUAUGUAUCAACACUGUUACUGGGGUCAGGCGGAGUUACAAAUUGUAUUUUUGAACAUUGAAAAGCUAAAAGGGGCAUCCACCAAUUUUGGUGAGCAAUGAAAUAUGCCUUUUCCCUUUCAAAUUUUUUUUAUCUACCCAUCUGUUCCCAUUUUGCCCUUAAUAAAAAUAAAAACAUUACUUUUGUCUUUCCUCCU